UCACGCUUGAUUGCGACCCACGUCGGAGUGUAUUUUGUUUUGUUUGUCAGCUGCCACAAACACGCCUCGGUUGGUCUAUUUUGGACCUGCUCACCUGUUGACCUGACAGCCAAGUGCCCGCGUGGGCCUUCUGCCUGUCAUGUGCAGGUGGUCUCUGCGAGCGCUGACGCGCCCUGAGGUUCAGCCUCGCGCACUCGCAGCCCGAGACCGCACAGGGCUGAGCCUCUGCAGGUAAGAGGACUUUUGCUGGCUCCGGUUCCGAUCCGUUUGCCUUUGGUGGGAGCCCACUUGGUUUUGUUAUCAUUUUCCUCCUCCAAAUGGAGCAGUUUUGAACUUCCAAGAGUUUUUCAUGAGGUUGAUCGACACGCCGAGGUUAACCAGUCCGCUCCGAGAACCGCCGCUGAUACAAUAGGUCUUCUCACCGGACCCGCCUCCCCACCCUCAGUCCGCGUUCUCCCCUCAGCUGAGCAGUUAAGUCGGGCAGCGGUACGGAGGUCCCUAGCGCCACCAGCGCCGCCAAGAUGUACGGUCUGUACCUGGAAGCGGUCAACGACUACAUCAACGAGUCCUACGGCGAGGACGUGUGGCGGCUGAUCGAAAACCGAGCCGAGAUCCCGCACCUCAAGUUUGUCAGGCAUCAGAUGUACAAUGACAACUUGAUCCUGCGUCUGGCCAAGGCGGCAGGCGAAGUCUUGGGAAAGACGCACGACGAGCUGAUGUACGCCUUCGGCGUUUACAUGGUCAAGAGGAUCGGAAACUACGGCUACGAGCGCAUCCUCAAGGUUUUGGGUCGCAAUGUGCGCGACUUCAUCAACGAGCUGGACAACCUGCACGAGUAUUUCCGCUUCUCCUUCCCCAAAGUGCAGCCGCCCAGCUUCUGCGUGGAGGAGGAGUGCGAGACCAGUUUGACGCUGCACUACCGAAGCACGCGCAAAGGCUUCACGCAGUUUGUCAAAGGCCAGCUCUCCCAAGUGGGCCGCCAGUUCUACAACACGGACAUCGAAGUGGAGAUCUUGUCUAAGGAGGAGACAGAGAAGAUGACUUAUGUGGUGUAUAAGAUGAACUUUGACAACGCGGCCUUCAAGCACCGCAUGCCGCAGCAAAAGACGGCGCCCAGCUACGAGAAGCUUCCCAUGAAGCGAGGUAUCUUUUUUGACAUGUUCCCCUUCAGCGUAAUCUUCCGCCGCGACAUGACCAUGUACCGCAUUGGCGACGGCCUCAAAGAGGUCUUCUCUGACCUCCAGGGCAAGAAGGUGAACGAGGAGUUCACCCUGGUCAGGCCCAUGCUGGAGUUCAGCUGGGACAAUAUCUACACCCACCUAAACAAUGUCUUUGAGCUGCUGUCUAAAGCAGUGGUGGAGAGCAAACAAAAAGUGAAUAUUCCCAAACUCAACAAGGAAGAACCUGAAGAGAAAGAGGAAAGUGAGAAGACCAAGAGGGACGAAGAACGAGAGCAAAAGUCUGAGGACAUGAAGGGCACAGAUCAGGAAUACAGCAGCACUCUGGCUCAGUACAAUAGCGCGGCCAACUCGGGAGGUGAAGAUAUCGAGUUGCUAGCCUUCCAGACAGUCACAGGCAAAUGCAGCGAGACCAUCUUUGAGGACAUGAGAGAGCCCCCCAAAAAACCUCUCCACCUGAAGGGCCAGAUGAAGUACGUGCCUCAAUGGGACUCGCUCAUCUUCCUGGGGACACCCAUCAUUGAGACGGUGGAAGACAUGAUCAAAAUGGGCGUUUACGUCAACGACUUGAACCUGCACGACUCCAGCAGAGAGCUGAUCCUGGCCGGGACUCAGCAGUCGGCCGAGCUGCAGCUAGCCCUGGAUCAGGAGCAACAAAAGUACGCGCAGCUGCAGGAGAUCAUCAAGAAGCUGGACGAAGAGAAGAAACGCGGAGACUCCUUACUGUACGCCAUGAUUCCCAAAGCAGUGGCCGACCGCCUCAGGAAGGGAAUCACUGCCCUGGAGACAUGUCAGGUCUUUCCUGAUGUGACCAUCUUGUUCAGCGAUGUGGUCAAAUUCAACGAGAUCUGCAUCCACAUCACACCCAUGCAGGUGGUGGACAUGCUCAACGAGAUCUACAUCGUCUUUGACACGCUCAGUGAGAAGCACAACGUUUACAAGGUGGAAACCAUCCGCGACGCCUACAUGGUGGUGGCGGGCGUGCCCAACAAGACCACCUUCCACGCGCAUCACAUCUGCGACAUGGCCCUGGACAUGCUGAGCUCCAUCGACCACCUGAAGGACCCGUCCACGGGGGACAACAUCCAGAUCCGAGUGGGUAUCCACUCGGGAAUGGUGGUGGCCGGCGUGGUGGGCCUGAAGAUGCCUCGCUAUUGCCUCUUUGGUGACACGGUCAACACCGCCUCAAGGAUGGAGAGCAAUGGCGUGGGUAUGCAGAUACACAUCAGCCAGACCACCAAAGACCACCUGGAGCACGAACCAUACAUCAUCGAGGAGAGGGGCAAGAUCUUUGUCAAGGGGAAAGGCUACAUGAAGACGUACUGGCUGAAGGGAAAGAAAGACCUGUCCUUCAAGACUCCGGCCGAGUUGCGUUACAGCAGCGAGCAGAAAGACUCGGAAGACAAAAGCUCGAAUGGCUCCACGAGUACCAACGCCAAGCACAUGUCCUCCAGCCAACCCAUCAGCGGCGGCGAAGAGCAGGCAGAGGGCAAGCCCAGCCCCAGCGACCUCCCCCAGGACGUCCUGCCGCCGCCCGAGUCCGCCAACGAGCCCCUGGACGGGCUGGGCGACCUCCAGGAGAAGGAGAGGUCCAAAAAGACUAAGAACAGCAAGGCCGCCAAGGUGGAGGCGGGGCAAGGGAACGCGGCGACGGAGCUGGCGGUGCCCGCCGACGGCCCCGAGAACCCGGGACCCCUCCUCAACAUGAAGAGGAACAGCUUCCGGCAGCAGUACGUCAAGCUGCCCGCCAACCUCCCCAUUCGGAGUGCCUCUUGUACUCUCCUGUGAGCUCGCGACAUUAUUAUGAUGUCAUAACAUCACAACGUCACGAUAAACAAGGUUAUGGACCUUGUCAAGAAACAAGGUAUGGAAGGUCGUAUUGAGCAUGUAUUGUUAUAUCCUUGACAUUCAGCUUCAGGUCUUUGUUUUCACUAGUAAGACAAUUUGACAUAUGCGCAAUUUUCUUCUGCAUUCAGAAAAAAAAAAUCAAUCACUCAAAAGCCUUCAAUGAUAUUCAUGUAUCGGUAUUUUGUCCAAAGACAACAGCCGUUAACAAAAGAAUUUUGGAUAUUCAGCUCCAAAACAACGAUGUCAUCAAACCAGUCAUGCUUGUUAGCGUAGCAUGCAGCGUGUCAGCUAGCUACUUUUCCCACAUUUGGUUACGUGACUUUACGCAUGUAGCAGGUUCAGCACAAUAGUGGAAGAAGUAGGAACCCUGGUAGAACAACUGGGUCUUAAUAGCACCAUGAUCGCACUAUCAGUGACACUUUUAGGCUACUAGUACGCACCUAAACCUUACUAGUAAACUAGUGCAUGUCACCCACACUGGUGGCUUCCUUAUCAAGAAUAUCAAAUAAAUGCUCAGUUACUACUGAGACAAAACCGCGCACUAGUUGACAACUGUGUACUACUUGUACCACAAGUGACACUGUAUUUUCAAAUUCUACUAGUUAACAUCUCGAACGUCACUAGUAGUACUAGUAGUGGGUAGAAUCAAGAACCCUUUUUUUAAGUUAUAAUUUAUUUUGAAUAUUUUUAAUCCUGCAAAGUGAAAUGAAACUAAAAUUGUAUGCGCAAAACACACGUGAAUUGACAGUGUAGACGUGUCAACUGUGUUGUUGAAAGUAGACAUGAUGAUUAUUGUUCUGAUUAUUGUUGAGUGAGACCUUCUGCUUCCUC